AUGAUGAACCCUUUUGAAAUAUUAAACUUAUCGAUGGCAAAUUCUAGAAUUAAGAACGUCGUGCAGUUAUAUUCUAAGCAUGCUAGAUAUUUCUAUAGAAUAGAAUUCAGUGAGCGACCAUCUAUUGAUUUCACAGGAACAGAGGACAUAUGGAGAUAUGAAAUAACUGCGGAUCGAAAUAGAACUGAAGUAGAAGACUACUAUCAAAAUUCGAUGAGAAUUAUGACGAUCUGUGUUUUUGGAAAAGAUAUUCUAGAAGAAGUGAAAUCAUGGUUCAAAUAUAUAAAAGAAAUUUUCAACAUUGAUGGAGGUCUCAUGGUUAUAAUCAAUCUGGACACAUUCCCAGGUCAAAACAAAGCGAUAACUGACUGGGUCAAUUCUCAAACAACGUGGACAAGACAUUGUGACAUUGAUGGUGAAAAAGUGAGAGAUGAUGAUGUGAAAUACGUUUUGAACACUUUGAACAUAAGAAUUACAUUGAAUAUUUUUGCGAAUGUUAGUGAUAACUUUCGAUUCGAAAUUCCUCAGUUUUUGAGUCAACUCUAUAUUGAAAACGGCGGAUGGAUAAAAUUGAACCAACUUUUGGAGAUCGACGCUUCUGAAAUUUUUAUCCGAAAUACUAAGCUGACACGUGACGAGCUGACUGUGUUUUUCAAGAAUUGGAUGUGCAUGAAAUCACAAAUUGGUCUAGAAUGUUUUACGGCUGGUAUAGAAAAGCGUGAUGAUGUCGAUACAAUUUUAGAUGUCCCUCAUGAAAAUUUCGGUACAGAGACGAUUCGGACUUUUGAACUAAAAACGCAAGAAAUAAAAUUACGAGGAGGAUCUGAGAUUAGAAGAUGCGAUGGAACAACUGCUGCAAUCUUUGUCACUACAGAACCUGAUCGUUUAGUUCUUGCAAUGAUUGUUGUCAAAAAAAUGUUCUAG